AUGUUGAGGUUCUGUAACAAACCUAUCACAAAAGAAGAGCUAAUUGAGAAGACUCUCUCCACCUUCCCAGUCUAUGCAAUUGUACUGUCAAAGCAAUAUCGCACUGACUUCAAUGCUGGACGAAUUACGAGGUUUAAUGAGCUUAUAAAUAUUUUGUCGGUAUCUGAGAAGCACGACAACAUCCUCAUAAAGAAUUAUAAUUCAAGGCUCGUCGGAACCAAGAGCGUUCGUGAGGCAAAUUAUAGCGCACCCAAAAGAGAACGCAAGGAACGGUACCCUAAUAACAGGGGAUAUGAAGGACAAAUGGGGACAUAUAACCGCUCCAAUAAGGAAGGAAACCGCAACUUUAGAGCGGGCACACGUGAUGGUAACUCCACACGUGGGAGAAGUGGAUAUGGCAACACCAUGGGCCGUGGAAGUAGCACCAUGAGCCGUGGUGGCAACAUGGGCCGUGGAGGUCGCCGCAUAAGACGUGGUAGUAGCAGUCGAAACCCUCCUAGGGAAUAUCCACAAAAUCUAUGCAAGGCAAGUGACCAACUAGUUGCAAAAUACAGGGCAUAUAGGGACCUGAGAGAGCAAGAAGUUUACCUUGCAGAAGAUGAAAAUGGUGAAGAUGUCAAUCUCACCAUUGAGGACUUCAAAGCUAUAGAUGAAGAGCACAAAGAUGCUGCAGACUUUGAUUAG